CUCUGACGAUCUCUCCUUUUACAACCAUGAAGAAGUGCUCAAUAGCACUGUUAUGUCUCAUCCCAAGCGCAUUUGGCUUACAGCUCCCCUUUGAAAUUCCCUUCUUCAAGGGCACGGAACCCUCCCAAAUCCCAUUCGUUCCAGACGAAACACCUGCUGCCACUCCCCGCGUUGCGAUCAUUGGCGCCGGUGCUGGUGGAACCUCAGCCGCCUUCUGGAUCGGAAAGGCUAAAGAACGGUUCGGCCUGGACGUCGAAAUUGAUGUCUACGACAAGGAGAAUUAUGUUGGAGGAAGGAGCACCGUGGUGUACCCCUACGACGACAGGAAGUUCAAAGAGUUGGAACUGGGGGCAUCCAUAUUUGUUCAAGCUAACAAGAACUUGUGGAGGGCUUCCGACGAGUUCAACUUGACGCGUCGUGACUUCCAAGAGGAGGAUUACGAGACCACUAUCUGGGACGGUGAAAGGUUCCUCUUCAGGUUCAACGGGGGCUGGUGGGACACACUCAAGGUCCUCUGGCGAUAUGGGUUCAAUUCUCCUCGAAAGACCGACUCGCUGGUCAAGGGAAUGGUCGACUCUUACGUGCAACUAUACAAUAAGGAUACCCCAAGAUGGGAUAACUUAUCCGGCCUUUCCACAGCUCUCGGGUUCGACAACCUCGUGUCGAGCACGAUUUCCGAGUACCUGUUGUCUCAAGGGGUAUCCAGUCAAUACAUCUACGAGGUUGUUGAGGCUGCAACCCUUGUGAACUAUGCUCAAGAUGCCGAUGCCAUUCAUGCUCUGGAGGGCGCUUGCUCCAUGGCUGCCAGCAGUGCAGCAGGGAUCGACGGUGGCAAUUACUUGCUUUUUGAGCAAUUCCUCAAUCGUUCAGGUGCAAAUGUGUACCUCAACACGCCUGUCACUAGCAUCAAACCCAAGUCAGGGUCCGCCGCCACACAAUGGACUGUCAAGAGCUCGAGAGGAACACAGUAUUACAAGGGCGUUAUCCUGGCAGCACCUUUCCAUCAAACAGGAAUCAAGGUCCCUGCUUCGAUCUCUGACCAGAUUCCCCAACAACCUUACGUUCAUCUCCAUGUCACGCUUCUCGCUACGACGUCCCCUGCACCUUCCCCUGCUUAUUUCGGGUUGGAAGCGAACGAAAAGGUCCCGCAAGUGAUCCUCACCUCGAGGUCAAACGCGAGGCAGGGUGGAAAGGAACCCGAGUUCAAUUCCCUGACAUAUCAUGGCGCUAUUCGGGAGGGAGAAUGGGCCGUCAAGAUCUUUUCAAAUGAACGGAUUACUGACGAAUGGCUCAAUGAAGUGUUUGAUGGCAACGUGGGUUGGGUACAUCGCAAGGAGUGGAAGGCAUAUCCGAAGCUACCUCCAACAGCCUCUUUCCCUCCGGUCAAAAUCGAUCGAGGCUUCUACUAUGUAAAUUCGUUUGAGCCUCCUCCUGACUCUGGCACAAGCUUCAUCUCCACGAUGGAGACGGAGACCAUCUCUUCCAGAAAUAUUGUUGAUCUUCUUCUGGACGAAGAGUUCCAUUCCGGGAUCUGUGGCCCCUUUUCAAGCGAUGCUUCUAAUACCACCGCCAGGAUUCCUGAAGAUGAAGAUUGGAUUGUGGGAUGGGACUGCUAA